AUGACCAUGGGGGCAUCUCCCACACUCGGCGGUGCACCCAAGCCAACCCUUCCGGCUAAGGCAUUGCUAGUUCCAGGGAUCACCAGGCUCGACUUUGCUCCCGGUGGUCUCAUCCCUCCACACACGCACCUGCGAGGCUCAGAGAUCAUCUACGUCGUGGAAGGGAGCUUGUACGCCGGAUUCGUCACCACCCAGAACCAGCUCUUUGCUAAGGUCAUCUCCAAAGGCGAUGUGAUGAUCUUCCCGCGGGGUUUGAUCCACUGGCAGCUCAACGUUGGUAACACCACCGCCAUGGCCAUCGUGAUGCUGGAUUCGCAGUCACCGGGCUUCCAGGCUAUCGCAAGCUCCAUGUUUGGAUCGGACAUCCUGGACGAGGUGCUCGUCAAGACCUUCUUUAUUGAUGAGAAUGCGGUUCGGCAGCUCAAGGCUACGUUCACUUGA